AGCCACUGUGCCACAGCAGAUGAUCGGGCACGGAUCCAACAUGGCGAUCGCUGCAGCUCGUCGUUAGAAGCGCGGGUGGGUCAGCUCGUCUUCGUCAGCGUAUCUCCAAGGUGCUCGCAUGACUCCCACGUCUGAGAGGUGACGUAUUAUGUCCUCGUACACGUUCUCGCAGAAGCUGUUCACGCCAACCCCGCCCGAGCGCGGCAGCUUCCCGCUCGACCAUGAAGGCUACUGCAAGCGCAUCAUGAUCAGGUACAUGCGCUGCCUGACCGAGAACCACAACCAGAACACGAUGUGCCGUGACGUCGCCAAGGAGUAUCUCGGCUGCCGCAUGGACCACGAUCUGAUGAAGCGCGACGACUGGUCCAAUCUCGGUUUCCACCAGCAGGAGGCCGCAAAGCAAACAUAACGUCGUCGUUGUCUCCAGCAGAUAUAUACCUCCCGAGAUCUCCCAGGAGAAGGCACGGACCCUCCCGUCGCUGUCUUCGUCGCUCAGAUCGUCCUCAGCUGUUCUGAAGACUACUGCCCUCGUGAUCGCCUAGGUGCACACCCCUGGCUGAUCUGUGUUCCUGGUGUGCCCCGUGAUAGCUCCGGAGAGACGUAGGCUUACGGACCAACUGUUAGAUGUAAAUAGAACACCAACGGGAGCGAUUCGCAGUUGUAGUUAGUGUGUUCAGAGAAUACGCACUGCCAGCCAGGUGUGAUAAGGACUCUGAGAGCUUCUUCCGCGUCACUGUUGCCACAGUGAACCGAACAAUAAAUUGAAAAGGCGGACAGUUUGAAGAGAGGAGGGAGGGAGAAAUUGAACGAUAUUAAAAAUCUAUGUACCUACCUGUUGCUCUCACAGAAGAGGAGAGAUUAGAAACUCGUUAUUAUAAAUUAUAAAUUGUUCACACCGGUGAAUCAAGCUUUUUGGCAUCCCCGUAGCUUGUUGCUGAGCUUCGCAGUUGGCUUAUGUUGCGACCCAAGUGGCCUAAAGUGUCGUCACAUAGAUAAAUUUCAUCAGCUUGACGAAUAUCAUUAAAUUGUACACUUGAAGAAGCAAGUAAACUGAA